AUGGAAUUUGUCGUUGGGGACCACUCGGGCCUGUGCAAGGAACUCUCUUGGCUGUCCGCCGAUACCCGGCGUACGCGCAUUAUAAAGAGGGCCAAGCAGAGCCGUUCUUUGGCAGUCACCUCACUCUGUUGGGCAGGACCUUCAGGCGGCAGAGAGGUUUCGGAGAUUGCCGUUGGUCGUGCAUGUGGAUCCGUGGAAGCGUUCGCCACCUCGAGUAUCGUUUGUGAGGUGCCGUUGCAUUCUGCAUCUUCUGUGGAAGAGGACUCCCUCAAUCUGCCUUUGCGGUCCUUCCAACUGCCGUCAGCACCUGUGGCUCUUUCACUGAUCGGGUCGGCAGAGGCACGUGCACACACGCGCUUCCUCCUUUGCAAGUCAUGGCUUUCGAGUGGUGUGACAGCAGGCGAAGCUUCGAUUCGCAGUGCACUGCUGCCAGCACCCACAGAGGCAAGCGCCGAGGCAGCAGAGGAGUCAUCCUGCGGCAGUUGUUCUAGCAGGCUGCUGCUUGCCGUUGGCCAAAAGGGCCACGCCUGCGUAGUGGAGUGGGAGGGAUGUUUCAAUUGUCGCCUCGUCGAGAGGGCCUGCGAGCCAGAAGGAGGAGCACCAUCUCCGGAUGAGGGCAUUGAGACGGACCUGGCGGACGUGUCAGUGCAGUUUCUUCCCAUAGAGAAGAAUUCCAAUGCUGAACAUUGUGCUGUGCAUACAGCGAACGAAAGAGACUCGUUUUGCUGCAGAGCCGCAUACCUUCUCCCUGGUCCUAUCGCCGCCGCCAGUAGCCAUCCGAUGUGCCACAGUCUACUGGCCUUCGGAGGGAAGGAGAACGACGCGAAGGUUGUGGACCUGGACUAUGGAAAGAUCCUCUGGGCUGCGAAGAAUGUAAAGCCUAGCUUUUUGGGGUUGCGGUGCGACGUAGCGGUGACUCAAAUAGAGUGGCUGCUGCCAAUACAUCCCAUGGUGCUGGCUGUGGGCACUGGAAAGGGCGCAAUGCGCUUCUAUGACUUGCGCUGCCAGCGCCGGCCAGUGCUAGAAUUUUGCGAGGCUACGCAGGAGAAACGGCCCGUCACAGCCUUGUGCAUCCGCCCCACAGCUGAGGUGUUGCAAAGCAAGACGGACAUCCGGGCAGCACUAGCUCGUGCGGCAGAGGCUGCGGCUUCUUGCUCCACCUGCGAACCGAAGGCGAGCCACACAUCCUCCAUAGCUGUGAAUGGGGACGGACGCUUUUCACCGAGAAAGGAUUCUCCUGAAGGUUGUAAGAAUUGCAGCUGCAAAGAUACUGCAGCGACCGAACCAGCCCAGGAAUUGCUGGCCUCUUGUAGCGGCAGGGAGUCUGCCACUGUUUACUAUGCUGACUCACAUGGGAUGAUCUACGGCAUGCGCGUGCAUAGCGGUUCUGCCUUGCUGCGUUUGGCUGAUAAGGCUUGUCCAAAGUACAACCCUUCAUCUUACCGCUCGCUCACUGGCGUCUCAGAGCAAGACCGGCCGCCCGAAGUCAAGAGGAAGCUUAUUGCGGCAAUGUUAGACAAGCAAAGAGGAAGGCUUUCUUCCAGGAAAAAUGAUCAUCCAGUUUCGACAGCUGCAUGCAGUGAUUUGCAGCUUGCUGCUGUUUGUUUCGGAGGGUUUAAAGGAGCCAUGGGGGCGAUUCUCGGCCUACGUCUAGAUCCAGCUGGAGAACGUCUUAUUGCUGUGGGCCUAGGACGUUAUGCCUACGUGUUCAAUGCCAAGUCGCGCAAGCUCUGCGAGCAAGUGUUUCUAAAGCAGAAGCUCACGUGUCUCCUAGCUGCAGGGGGGGAAUCAGCUGGCGGAAUAAGGCAGCGCGCGCCAACGAAGGAACAAACAAAAAGUGAGAAUAACAGUGACAGAUCAGACGCCAGCGAAUCAGAACUAGAAAUAGGAAACGAUAGUGACAGCGACAAUUCAACUGAUUCUUCUGCAACUACAGAGGGAGACAGUAGGCAGACAGCUGAGCGCUUCUGCGACCAGAAGCCUUCUGGCGCCUUCCGUGUUACCGGCAAGCGAAAAAAUGCGCCGGAUAAUCAAUCAACUAAAAGAAAGCGCGCUAACCAGCCAGCGGCGAAUGCUGGGAAGCCCUUCGGCUGA